AUGGUUGAACCCCUAGGCUAUGAUAUGUCUGUUGUUGCAGAGAUUUUAUCAAACCACCCUCAAAACAUAUCCGGCGAUGUCAUUGUCAACGGUGAGAAGUCGAACAAGGCCAUGCAACUAUCGAAUGUUACUGAGGUUAGAAGUGAAGAGAUUGAGCUUGGUGAUGAGUUACCAGAUCAUGGAUGCCUACAAGAACACGAGAUACUAAGAGUUGGAAUGCGGUUUGUACAAUUAUGGAUGACUCAUGACUUUUAUGUUACCUAUGCAAAGAAAGUAGGAUUUGCAACUAAGAUAAGGAUGACAACAUAUGACAAUAUCACAAAGGCUCCCCUUAACCAAGCUAUACACUGUAAUCGCGACGGGUACCACGGGUCUUGUGUCAAAGCACCAAUGCGGAAGAAUACGAUUUCAGCUGCUGGGUGCAAGGCAAGGAUAUAUGUAAAGUUUGAUAAAGACAUGCAAGACUGGGUUUUGUUCAAGGUUGACUUGAUGCACUCACACCCCUGUUCAGCGAGAAAGGUAGUGCACUACCAUGAGUAUAGGCAACUGACCAUACAUGCGAAGUGCGUGAUCGAGGAUAAUGAUGAGGCUGGGAUUCAACCAAAUAAGACAUUCCUUGCUUUGGCAAAUGAGGCUGGAGGCCCCUCUAACUUGGGAUUCUCAGAGAAGGAUUUAAGAAAUUAUAUAACAUUGGAUGAGGAGUGUAAAUUUAAGAGUGCAGUAUGGGUGGAUGCAAGAUGUAGGGCGUCAUAUGAAUAUUAUGGAGAUGUUGUGUCAGUUGAUAGCACCUACAGUACAAACAGGCAUGGAUUACCGUUUGUGUCGUUCAUUGGGAUCAACCACCAUGGUAACUCAACCCUCCUCAGUUGUGCUUUGCUGGGGAAUGAGAAAAUCCCAAGUUAUGAGUGGCGUAUCAUAACCGAUCAACGUCGGUCCAUUCUCCGUGCGAUCAAAAAUACAUUACCCGACACACGCCACCGCUGGUGCAUCUGGCAUAUUACGAAGAAGUUACUGAGCAAGCUUGGGGGUUACCGCCGGUACAGAGAUUUGUAUGAUGACCUCAAUGAUAUUAUGUGGAACUCUCGAACUGAGGAGUCAUUUGAGGAUUACUUAUCAGAAUUUAUGGAUGAGUACAAGUUACAUAACAACACAUGGCUGUCAAGUCUGUUAGUGUUUGAUUAA